AAUAAACAUCUCUUCUAUGCCUUGACUGAAGUCGAACAGCUUCUUCAGCCAUGGCUGACUCUUCUUCCUUCAUGGACUGGAGUCCUGCCACUCCAAUACCUCAUCAUAACCCAUACCCAGACAACUACAUGCCCGGCGGAUGGCCAGAGGAAUCUGGUGAAUCUCUCACUCCGACCGCAGGCGUUUUUGCCCGCCGACCAGCACCGUCCGGCUUCCUACCAGCUGCGAAAAGACUUUGUCAAGGCCUCGGCACUGCCAUCGCGUCCGGAGUUCAAGCUACUACUGCAGUCGUCACAAUCCCUACCUACUCCAUUGUUCGCCAAGUCCGACAGCGCCGAAGACAGCGUGCAAGACGGCAGCGAGGAAACCGGCCUUUGCCAGAGUCACCAUGGAACCGGGCUGUUGCUGCUCGUGAGGCAGAACACAUGCAAAUGAGAGAAGACCUUCGACGACAUGAAGCAUACGAUCGUCACCUGAAUGCACUUGAGGAGAUGGCUCCAGUCAAGACGAUAACUCACCCCUCUGCACAAGGAAGACUUUACCAUGUCCCACACCUCCUACCUACUGCUGUGGCCACGACCAAGCGCAAGAGAUGCAUAGAAGCAACAACAGAACAGAAAUCACACACAUCGACUCCACUGGUGUUCGCUGGUAUGCCGCAAUUUGCGCCCCCAGCUCGAGAGUCACCAGAUUCUGCCACACCCAACAAACAACAGCGAGUACUUCCGCCUGAACCCCGAACCCUAUUCUCUCUACCUCGAUUGGAUCCUUCUACCUUUAGUACUCGACCGCCCUCUCCACCUACUUCCGAGUCUCCUCCUACAGCUAGUUCCGAGUCUCCCCCUGCACCUGGCGACAAUCACUCGCAAGACCAUUCUGGCUCAGACAAGGGUAGCGACUCGGAUACAUCCUCCAUACGAUCAUACUACCUACGCCCGAAGAAACUAAGGCUCCGGUAUCAUAGGACAAAGAAAUCAGACGAUACAAAAACUGCUGCAGCCACUGUGCGCACUGACACCGUUGGUCCAAGCUUGGUACCGCCCAAAGCGCGUGCACCACCGCCCCCGGCCAUUGUUGUCCAAGAAACGACAGCCGUUGUCACCACUGAAGCCAAAGUCACUGUUGACGAAGAUUUUUUGUCACCACCGCGUGUCAAGAAACGCAGAGUUAGCACACCGAGGAUCAAAAAGACCUUGGACGAGCCAGGAAGUGCAAAGACAACAGGAUCAGAGAUCUCUUCUACCUGUAACUGUUCGCCAGGCAAUUCGACUCCACGUGCUGCGACAGAAGCUACAUCACCUGGCGAAAGCCACAUCUCUUCAACCUGCGAAUGUUCUCCAGGAAAUUUGGAUCUGACACCGCGUGCUGUGGCACAAGAGACAUCACCUAGCGAAAGUCACAUCUCAUCAACCUGUGAAUGUUCUCCAGGCAAUUUGGAUUUGACACCGCGUCCAACGACACAACCGAAGUCACCCAACGAGAGUGACAUUUCUUCGAUGUUCGUCGGAACACCACCAGACCAGGAAGAGGACGCCCGACUCUUCGCAAGAAUCAUGGCAACAAUCGGUGGAUCACCAACACCGGUAGGCAAAACAGCCGCUAGAUAUGGAAAUGGCCAUACCACGAAGUCGACGAGCUCGAGCGACGCUCAAAAAUCUGAGAACAAUGUCUCCACAAACGAGGAUGACUCGGGUGCACAGCCGACGAGCGACACGGCACCAGCUGAGAAUGAUAUUGUCGCCAUAGACGAGGAUGACUCGAGUGCACAGCCGACGAGCGACACGGCACCAGCUCAGAAUGAUAUUGUUGCCAUAGACGAGGAUGACUCGAGUGCACAGCCGACGACCGACGAGACUACAUCUGAUCCAAGCACACCGAAACGUGGUCACCCAGAAGAGACAACUGAACAGCCAACUAUUAGGACUGGACAAGAGAGUUCGACGUCUGACGCUGCGAACUUACAAACCCCAGUACAGAGCCUUGCGAAACUGACUCUCGAAGACCCGUACACUCCAGAUGCUCCAACACCGAAAGCAUCACCACACUCUGCAGAGAAGACUCAAAGAGUCACAAGAGCAGAAGCAAAAAGACUAGCCUUGUUGGAAGAAGUUCAGCACUAUGAGAUCGGGCCACUUGAGCAGGAAUGGGAGAAGAAAAUCCAAGCAGCCUUGCGAAGUGGACACGGCGAUUACAAAGCCACAGAUCUCACUCGAGUCGUACCUCUCCUUCAGGGUCGAGGUACAGACAACUGGUUGAACGAUGAAGUCAUCAAUGGCUACCUCAAACUCAUUGUCGAACAUGGCAAGAAGAAUGACCGACCCACACAAGUACCGACCCACCACGCAUUUGUCUCCUUCUUCUACAACAACCUCGAAGCCAAAGGCUAUGAUAGUGUCAAGCGUUGGGCGAAUCGAGCCAAGAUUGGAGGCAAGAAUCUGUUGGAGACAGAGAACGUCUUCAUUCCGAUCAACAGUGGAAUGCACUGGACCCUCUGUGUGGUGUCAGGCAAGAACAAGACAAUCACCCACUACAACAGCUUGAGUGGGAACGGCCGGAAAUACGUGGAAACGGUCAAGAAAUGGGUGCAACAGGAACUCGGAAGUGCCUACAAGGAGGACGAAUGGAAGAUGGAGUUCAAGGGAGAAUCACCACAACAGCAGAACAUGGAUGACUGUGGUGUGUUUACUAUCACGAGCGCCAGGCAGAUCAUGCUUGGGCUCACGCCCAUGAGCUACAAUGCUGGCUUGAUCCAGCUCCAGAGGAGGAGGAUUGUGGCCGAGCUCAUCAAUGGGGCUCUCCUCAAGAGCGGCAGGGCCGCAUGAAUGUACGUUUUUACGAUUUGAUGAUUGUUAUGAGUACGACGAACUUGGUCUU